AUGUCGGUCUCGGGGGAAACCCUUGUAACUGUCACCAAGCCUCCAAUGGCUAAGGUGGCCUCGACGUCUCCCACAUCGAGUGAGUUUACCCUCACCGAUGGCGGGAAGGUCGAGAAAGUCGAGAAGUACCAUUCCACGGAGAUGAGGUCAGUCGAUCUCGAGGCUCAAACACCACAACGGAAACCCAAGGCGUUUGCGGCUCUCCGGUACGCCGUCUUCACUCUCUACCGACGUCUCUUCACGCUGGUGUUUUUAGCCAACGUCGGCAUCUUUGUGGCUGUGAUGACCUCGGAGCGCAAACUGAUUGCGCUGGUCAAUGCCACAGCGGCCAACCUUCUGGCAUGUGGACUGGCUCGCCAGCCGCUGAUCGUCAACACCAUCUUUGCAGCUGUGUGCACAAUCCCCCGGUCAGCACCACUAGCUGUGCGGCGGAUCGCUGCCAAAGUCUACCACUAUGGCGGCGUACACAGUGGCUGUGGAGUCGCCGCCGUGGUCUGGUAUAUUGGAUUCAUCGGUCUGAUGUCCCGAGAGUACUGGGCACCGUCUCCGGACGCAUCGACGAUUUCAGCUGCACCGGUUGCCUUGGCGUACAUCAUCUUGGCCCUGCUGCUGGCGAUCAUGGUGGUCGCACAUCCCACGUUCCGGAUGAAGCGGCACGACUAUUUCGAACUCACCCACCGUUUCUGCGGGUGGCUUGUGGUGGCCCUGUUUGUUGCCCUGCUGAUGGUAUUUGCGCACGAGGUCAGUCAAGCUGAACAGCAGCCCCUCGGUUUAUUCCUGGUCAAGCUGCCGGCGUUCUGGUUUUUGGUGGUGACAGUGAUCGCCAUCAUCCACCCAUGGUUGCUUCUCCGCAAGGUUGCGGUCCGGGCCGAACCCCUGUCGACGCACGCGGUGAGAUUGCACUUCGACCAUACCUCGACCGCGUUUGGCAAGGGUAUCCAGCUGGCACGGCACCCUUUGCGUGACUGGCAUGGAUUUGCCACUUUCCCCGACCCCACCCCGACCGGUCCGCAUGGGGUGGCGAGCUUUUCCUCUCUGGUCUCCAAAGCGGGCGACUGGACCACGCAUUGCAUCCGGGAGCCACCCACCCAUCUCUGGAAACGCGGGGUUCUUGUCCGAGGCUUCGGAUAUGCGAUGCGCAUGUUUCGGCGGGUGGUGGUGGUGACCACCGGCUCCGGCAUUGGGCCCUGUCUCUCCUUCCUGGCCGAUGAGAACCGACCGGCACUGCGAGUGAUCUGGCAAACCCGGGCCCCUCUCAAGACGUACGGACAAGGGGUGACCGAUCUGGUGCGUCGGCUGGAUUCAGACCCUGAAAUUAUCGACACCGAUCGGUCUGGGCGUGCGGACAUGGUGCCUUUGGUGCUUCGCCAGGUGCAGGAGUUCGAGGCGGAAGCGGUGUGUGUCAUCAGUAACCCGACGUUAACGCAGCACAUCGUGUAUGAGCUCGAGACACGAGGCACCCCGGCAUUUGGUCCCAUUUUUGAUUCGUGA